CGCCGCCUGCCACGCUCACCCCGGCCGCCCCGCCCCCCCGCGCGGGUGACGCUGGGUAUUGUAGUCCGCGUGGCGGAAGCCGCCGCCCGCCGCUGCCCCGCCAGGACUACAACUCCCGGCGUGCCCCGCGCGCGCAGGCGCAGGGCGCGGCGCUGCUGGCUGGUAAACAGAGCGGCGCGGCAGCGGGCCCGGGUCUCACAAAGGGCUGCCGGGCCGGGCCCAUGCGCGGCGGCGGCGGAGCGGCUGGCACCCGGCGGCGGCGCUGAGGCGGGCGCCCAUGGCGGAGGCGGGCGGCGCCGCGGCAGCGCCGGACAUCGACCCCGACUUCGAGCCGCAGAGCCGGCCGCGUUCCUGUACCUGGCCGCUGCCACGGCCCGAGCUGCCUGAGGCGGGCGGCGCGGCGGGCGCGGCGGAGGAGGGCGCGGGCGGCACGGCGGCGGCGGGGCCCGGGCGGGUCGAGGGGGCGCGGGCGGGCGGCGCGGCGGCGCGGAAGGGCGGCUCCCGGCGCAACGCCUGGGGCAACCAGUCGUACGCUGAGCUGAUCAGCCAGGCCAUCGAGAGCGCCCCGGAGAAGCGGCUCACCCUGGCCCAGAUCUACGAGUGGAUGGUCCGCUCCGUCCCCUACUUCAAGGAUAAGGGUGACAGCAACAGCUCCGCCGGAUGGAAGAACUCCAUUAGACAUAACCUGUCCCUGCACAGCAAGUUCAUUAAAGUUCAUAAUGAAGCCACAGGGAAGAGCUCUUGGUGGAUGCUCAAUCCUGAGGGUGGUAAAAGUGGAAAAGCACCAAGAAGAAGAGCUGCCUCCAUGGACAACAGCAGCAAACUUGCAAAAGUCAGAAGUAAAGCAUCCAAAAAGAAGCCUCCUCUCCAGUCUGCUCCAGAAUCCACUGCUGACAGUCCUGGCUCCCAGUUCCCCAAGUGGCCUGGGAGCCCGUCCUCAAGAAGCAAUGAGGACUCUGAUGUGUGGAACACCUUCCGGCCUCGAACCAGUUCUAAUGCGAGCACCAUUAGUGCCAGGCUCUCUCCUAUCCUGACAGAGCAGGAUGACCUCCACGAAGAAGAGCUGCUUCCUUCUCUAGUGUACUCCAGUGCAUCCAGCAAUGUUCCACCAACUGUGACUGAGGAGCUUGAGCUCAUCGAUGGGUUGAAUUUGAUGUCUCCCAGCACAUCUGUGUUACCUACCCAGCAGUCUGCCUCAAGUGGUCAGAUCCAGCGAGAUUCCAGCUUUUCCUUGCGGAGCCCAAAUGCAGCUGGUCAGACCACUACGUUUGGCAAUUCCCUUUUUAACCCUGUUGAUAUCUCGCUGCAAAGUUCCGUCAGCCAUUUCUCCGCCCCUCAGACCUUGGAAGCUCUUCUGACACCCAGCUCUCCACCUCCAAGGGAUGUUAUGAUGACUCAGGUGGAUCCAGUUCUCCCGCAGACUGGUAACAGGAUGAGCAGCCGAACUCUUCUGCUUCUAGGUGGACAAGCCGCCCAGAGUAAGAUGAGCUCGGGCAAUCCACGAGGGAAGCCUACAGAGCAGCAGGCAGAAGCAGUCGGUGCCAAUGUUUUGCCAUCAACGCUUCCCAUAGUCACAUCUCCUCAAAACACUGCCAGCAUCACCAGUUUGAAGGCUCCAGUUUCUGCAACAACUGCCCAGUCAGUCCAGCUGGGCAGUCCACUGCUUCUUUCUUCUGCUAGCCCUGCUCCCUUGGGAUUGAACCAGGACAGGCUGCCCAUUGACCUGGACAUUGACAUGUACAUGGAGAACCUGGAAUGUGAUAUGGAUUACAUAAUCAACAGUGAACUGAUGGAUGGAGAAGGACUGGACUUUAAUUUUGAACCCAUGCUGUCUACUCCCAGCUAUCCCAGCACCUCGCAAGCCUCCAACCAUACCUGGGUACCAAGUUAACUUCAGGAGCACAAAAAGUGUCCUUCAGGUUUUGAACAUCGGGUUCUGACUUCACUUCCCACCCCUGGCAGAGAAAAGAAUGGAGCACGUUGGAUUCGGUUUCCCUGCACACCAUGCCUUGGGCAGAAGGGGCUGCCCACCUGGGAAGAAGGGGCAACCUGCAUCUGGCUGCAACAGGAAGAGUUUAAAAGUAAUUAAUCCUGUUAUGUGCCACGGCUUUUCCUACAAACCUGACCCUGCCUUGGACCAUCUGGAGAAACCCUGGGCUGUACAUGUCCAAAGAGGAGCCCUGGUAAAACCCUCGGUCAGAAGAGUCUGUGCCAGGCAAUAGCAUUUUCCCAUGUGACGAGUUGGGUUUGCUGGAGGAAUAUCUCGAUGGCUAUCCUCUCUCUGCUAUGGCAGAAAGUCUCCCAGUGCCUCGGACUGGUGAAGGGCUGGCUCUGCUCUCACUUGGCUUGCCCUCUGGGGCAAAGUAGUUGGACGUUUUCGUUAAGCCACCAGAUGUGCACUCGGUAUCCCACAGACUGGCAGAGGAAUUGGAAGGAGCUUGUUGGCGGAAGCCCUAUGGGGAAAAAGGGUGUGCUGUUUCAGGCGUUGGUUUCAGUGUGCCUGUCUCUGGAGUACCCAUCGUCGUUCUGCGGGGAAGGGUGGUGGUUAUGGUGUAGAAGGCUGCUUCUUGUCCACCUGAGUGGAACAGGAGGACUUUUGAGUUUUUCACUGUGCCAACUGAGCCCCAUUGAAUCAGAAGCAUGUUUCGAGAAGUCCCUAUGCUGUUGUCAGCACUUUCCUGAUCCACCAGGCUGCUGUAAAAUAAGCACAGGUGCUAAUCGCUGUUUCUGGGACAUAAAAACAUCAUUUUGGGUUUGUUUCUGAUCUGUCUUGCUACAGCAGAGAAAUGGAAAGCCUGGGUGUGGCCUUAACAGAGCCCUGGUUGCUUUUCAGAAGGGCAUUUUCUAUAGAUGAAAUAUUUUUUUACUAAUCUGGGAACUUUCUACAGCAAAUAUAAAGCCAAUGUUAAGUGUGUCCCCAUUAGGUGUAUUAGGCAUCUCUCCCUCUGAGAAGGUACCAGUGACAGACUUCUUUUUCAGAGCUGUAUUAGGAACGAACACAUUUGAUGUUUGAUAAUGUAUAUGACUGAGGGGAAAGAAUUGGCAGGUCCCUGUGGUUUCAAACUGCCUCGGGGAAGAGUUGUACAUUAUUGUAAUCUAUAUGUAAAAGUAGCUGCAAAUUACAUAGAAGCUUUUCUAAACCUUUUUAAAUAUAUAUUAUAUAUUUUAAUUGAAAAUGAGAUUAUUGGAUAAAAAAAAAAAACACAAAACAUCGCAAAACAAACACAUUUGCUGCAUCUGUCCCCUUGAUACAGAAUAACACUACAGGAUGGGAGGGGACAGGCCUAAGGCAUUUUGGGCCAAGAAGCUGAAAAUGCCGUUGGAAAAGUGAGAAGGGCAGCACAGGGUAACUGGGGAAUGGCUGCUCUCCCAGCACAGGCGGUAGGCGCUGCGUGGUGUGGUGUUUCAGCCGCAGCUCCUCGGCCUCUUUCCUCAGCUGGGCGCUCCCGCCAAGCCAAGAGCAUGAAUUUAGGGAAUGCUAAUCAUUAACAGCGCGCUCGUUCUUGGCUAAUCACUUAAGUAGCUGGACUACGGCUGAUACACAGGACAGACACUCUAUUCUGCUGAAAAGGUGGUGUGGGCCGGAUCGUGCUAGAUGAUGCUCUGGGUAGCCCUUACGGAGGGCACGUAUUUGGUAGCUUGCUUUUUGGUUUCCGAAAGUUUUUGUUUCCUUGCUGAAGUUUCUCCUACUGCUGGGGAACUUGAAGCCUGUAGGCACACCCUUGGGGACGUGGCUGGGAUCCUGCCCCGUCUCCAUGUUCUUGCAGGACAAAAGCUAGGAAUUCAAGGGGUUGGUUCAGAGCGUUAAGCUGGUGUGUUCCUGUCACCUUCUUGGUGUUCGCAGUGGCAAGAUCUGUAGGAAACAUGGUGCUUUCGUGGUGUUCUGGUAGGCUUGGUCUGGCAGAAAGGCUCUCCAGUCCUUUCUGAAGGUGUCGGUGGCUUCCUUUCAGAAGGUUUUUAUCAUGCAGUGCAACAAGCCAUACUGUUCUGCCACCUUGUCUGCUCUGCUUUCAUGGGUUUCAUUUCAUUUUCUUUUGAGUAGAGAUUGGAACAGGAGUGGUUUGUCUGGUUGCCUGCCACAAGGAAUCUUCAACAGCCUUAUCUCUAGCACGCUCUGCCACCAAAGCCUUUGAAUAGUUUGAUAACUUUUGCUUUGAAGGCUGUCUUCACGGCAGGCCUCAUGGUUUUAAAUUUUGUUUAUGUUUUAAAUUUACCUGCAAUCUGCAUGUCUGGCCACACCUCAUUGUCACAAGGAAACCAAAAGGCAGAUCCUAAGCUGGGAUCCCAGGUCUUGCAGACUUGAGUCAUGGAUGUAGAUUCUCCUGCAGUUAGUUCAUUACACAAAUGGAUAGGUAACCCUAUCUACAACACCUCAUGGCAUGUGCUGCACAUAAAAAUCGGCCAUUCUGGAGAUCUGACGGGAUUUGUGCUAUUUGGCACAUAAUAUGCCAUUUUGUCCUGAGGGGAAAUGAAUCCCAUGAUCUCCAGAGCAAGUUGACUGGCUGCCUGUGCUUCACAGCCAUGUAUCAAAGGACAAGGCACCAGUAUGUGUGGUCACGUUGUACGUGAAUCUCUAGCCUGUUUCUCAUGAAAAUGGAGCCCAAAGCAAUAGGAAGGACAAUUUUAGUAACCAGCGCUUCAGACCUGCAAAUCCAUGGUGAGCUGUGGCUGGGAUGGUCAGUGGGGAAGAAGUGCUGUCUUCAGGCUCUUCCAAAGUGUCCCCGAGGUGUGACAGCACUGGGGACCUGGCCUGAUGUCUUGCUGCAGAGAGCCUGGCCCCGAGCACUCAGGUAGCACCGGGGGGGAUCAUGUGAGUUCAUAAGAGAACCCUGUCCUAUUAUUAAGGAACAGAGCACCUAUCCAUAUGUUUUUUUUUUUUUGUACUCCCGGGAAGUCGCCUGUCCCGGGGACAGGAGCACCUCUGGCUAGAGCCCUGCUGUGCCAGUGGGCCGACAGUGGUGUCUCUGAGAGCGCGCUAGUGCCGAGGGUGGUGUUUGGAAGACUAAGGUUGCUCCGGGAGUGCUCAGUAAACCAUGAAUGUAAUGUUGCCGGUUCAGGCAGGCAACUUGGCUUCUCAUUUGCUUGUGUAGCAGGAUCGUGGGCACAGAGGGCAGGGAUGCAGAGAAUUCGGGAGUUCUCCAGCCCCUUCUCAAAUAACUCCCUUUUUAUAAACCUUGAGCUUUUCUAGCCUGGAAUAUUUCUUCAUAGGACACCGAAGACUUUAAAGUUCCUCAGUUGCUGCUUGCUGAAAGGCUGUAUCCCCGGGAGGAGGUUGCUCAAUACUUGUCCAGUUUUUUUGUAUUUUUGCCCAAAGUGUUUGCUGCUGGAUUCAGGAGAGCGUCUUGGUGGAUCUUCGUUCUGCGUUAGCACGGCAGGCCCUGUACUCGUGGGCCACUUUUUGCUCUAAUGAAGGAUUGGGCUGGGGUUCGGAGAGGAGCUGUGAGCUGGGUGGGGAGGGAAAGAGGGGAGUGACAUAAGGGGAGUGAUGCUCCUGGAGAAGUGCCUGAGGGGGAGCGGGCAGGGGACUCUGUGCACGACGCCUUACACUGCGCUGUGUGCGUUUUCCUUGUCCUCACUGAGCUCACAAGUUUCUUCAUCUCUGGAGGAUCAAAUGCCAUCUUUCACAGCAUGGAGCCACUGUGCAGCUCUGGGUCGUGAAGGUUUCGAGUAACCAGGCGGACUCGUUGCUUUUAUUUAAAAUUGCUUGAGCUUUCUUUAUAACUUAAGCACAUUUUACCAUACUCCCAGCUUCCUGUGAGAGUUUGGAAUAUUGAAAGCUUCUUGGAGCCCUUAAUUUUUCUUGUUGGUGUGUCUAAAAAUAUGUCAUCCCCUACCCUCUGCUGCUGUAAAAACAGCAGUGGAAUCAUCCUGGUAAGCGAGAGGAAUGAAAGCAGUGGGAGCGUUCCAGAGCCCGGGUGUAUUCAUAAACGGGGCUCAUACUAGAAGCAAGUAGCACUAAUCAGCUUUUCCAAAGGAAAUGCCUAGAAAGCUUUUAUGUAGAUCAUCAUUUGUUAAUUUCCUUACUUAGUUGCAUAUUUAUAGCCACGCUCAAAUGCUUCAGGGCUAGCCUUGCUCCAGGAAUGAGAAACCUGUUUCUGGUGCCACGGGUAGGAGUGCCUUGGGAGCGGUGUCCUGGACUGUCACCAAAACAAUGUGCAAGUUUGGACCCAUUAUCAGGAAAAACUCACAACAAAUCAAUCAACUUUGGGACGUGAGCAGGAACAUUUGGGACGUGGGACACGAGGGGGUAGCUUAGGGUUUGCCUCAGUUGCGUGUCUAAUGAAAAACAUGUUCUAAUUAAUGUGGGGGAGAAGCAAGCAAGGGGUGACUCCUAAAGCCUGAAAAGUCUGUCCAUGUGAAAGCUCGGUAGCACGUGGUAACCCAUCACCACACUUGCUCACCCUUCAAGAAAGGGAUCCUCUCUCUUCAGUAGCCUUUAUGUCUCUCCCCACACCCCAGUGUGUCUGUAGUCGACGGAAAACAAUUUCUGAUGGAAUCAAAAUCACAUCUAAUACCAUGGUGAAAAGCUGGGAGAAGAGGCAGCAGAAGCUGAAGGGGAAAGAAUGGAUGGCGUUGCAUUUAUGGUUCUCUGGCUAAGGCGGUGGUGUUGUGUGUGGUAGAAGGGGAUGUUCACAGCCGGUGCCGUGGUGCUCCCUAAGGUGUCUUGAGAGGUUUGGCUACGUAGAAGAUAGGUCACUUCUCCUGAGAGGAGCCUUCUUUGUAAGGCAAUGGGGAACGUUCAGGGAAAUGAUGCUUCCAGCACAGUGGAGUCUUCACCUGCUGGGAUCCCAGGAAGGGUUUCUGCAUUGCUAGCACAGACGUCUGCUGCACACAGGGCAGGCACCACUAGCUGACGUAGUUUCCACCCCAUCCCCUCUGCACUUUUUCACCCAUUUCUCACAAUAAUUUUUUUUUUUUUUACAUAAUAAAUCUCUGCUUUUGUUUGCUCUCUGUAGCAGUGUAACUUCUGAACCAUUACAGGCUCUUUGUUACCAUCUGUGCUAGCAAGACUGUAGAAUGUGCUAGACUAGGGGGGAAUGUUUGACAAAUAAAAACCUGUAAUCCUCUGC